AUGCCAGGCACGUCGACCAGCGGUGGGUUCAACUGGCCAAACUCUCUCCGUGCUGGUCCACUAAGCCCGGCAAUGCUCACAGGGCCUGCAGGACCUAGCGACUAUUUUGAUGGUAUAACUCGCGGGUUCCCUACCCCUAAUGAGUCCUCGUUGCGUACUGGCUUGAAUGCUGGCCUGACUCCUGGCGGUGGUGGCUCUAUGUUCCCCGCUCCCAGCCCCGGACCUGCUGGUUUACUCCAGCAACUCUCCAGUGGAAAUACCACUCCUACUACUCUAGAUUUCCAGAGGACAGCCAUCACUGCAGCAAAGAAAAAUGGCUACCUUGCGCCUACAUCUAACCCUGGAGAAGCAGACUCGAUUCUCCAGCAAGUUGCUGCCUCGAUGGAGAAGCCCCAGUCCUAUCCAUUUGCCCAUGCUGAUGCUACUGAUGCUGCCAAUGGUCUCUUCAUGCUAGCUAAGGGUGCUCAGGCUACGAGCAACCCUUUCCCUGGCCCAACUUCGCAACCUAUGCAAAUGUCACUGCAGAAUAACGAUAAUAAUAGCCCACCAAUGAAUGGGGUUUCUCCUCAAACCAAUGAGUCGAAUGGCGUAGCUCCGCCAUCCAACGGAAACGUCUCUGAUAGUCCCGAUACGAAGAUCAACACUCGUAGCAAAGGCAAGAAAGGUUCCACUGCCAAAGGAGGCACUACAAAUGGUCGCAGAAAGGCCGAAGACGCUCCCAAGGGAUCAAAUAAAAAGCAAAAGGCUUCAAAUGCUGCUGCCGACAAGGCACAACCUGCUACUGAUGAUGACUCGGUCGAAUUUGAUAAUGCCGAUGGUGCCGAUAAUGGUAAUAGUAAUGGUGAAGGUGAAAAUAACUCAACUGGCAACAAGAAAGCCAUGACGGACGAAGAAAAGAAGAAGAACUUCAAGGAGCGUAAUAGGGUUGCCGCCCUUAAAUGUCGUCAACGAAAGAAGCAAUGGGUAGCCACCCUAAUGAGAAAAGCAGAAGCAUACUCUAGCGACAACGAAGCUUUAACAAACCUUCUAGAGAAAGCUAGAGAAGAAAAUGCAAUGCUAAAAUCAAUGCUUUCGGCGCACAAGGACUGCCCCGUUGGCCAAUCCCAAGGCCUCGCCAUCCUCUUAAACGGACUUCAAAUGACGAGCGGUGUACCCAAUGGAUUACCAACCGGCCCGCAAAAUGCUAUACCCAAUGGACUCCAAUCUGGAAUUCAGAGCAGCAUCCAGAAUAGUAUGCAGAACAGCAUGCAGAACGGCUUACCAGUGCAAAAUGAUCUUCUAGCGCCACAAAACUGGCAACUUCGUCGAUAAACUCUCCCAUUCCCUCGUCACUUAUACUUCCCUUCACAUCUGCUGCCUCCUAUAUUCCUUGUUUCAUGAUUUCAUUGUUUUCCACGAGUUAACCUGACCGGUUGGGUGUUUUUGAUUUUCAAAAUUUUCUUGGGUAUGGUGUGGUGAUUCUAUCUGUGUGGUCUUGAUGAACCACAAAUUGCAAAUCCAAGAAGACAAAAAAAUUCUUGAUUGCUCCUUUUUCUUUCUCCUUACCCUUUUUUAUUAUUAUUCUUACACUCCCUGCCCCCCCUUUAUAUGUAUCUUUAUCCCAUUAAUUUCUUCCACUUCUUCACACUCAUCAUCGAAAAAAUUACCAGGGGGGGGGGAAGGCUGGAGCAAAAAUGGCGGAGUUUCCUGGUGUUCUAGUUUUGCAUUGUUCACGUCUGUACGUUGGUUCUCUCCCUUUAUUUGGAAUUUCAUGUCUCGACGUCCGUCGCUGGUGGCAUUGGUUUACGCACUUCAUACGACUCCAAUGAAAGGCAGGAAGGGAGGAGAUUUGUCAUACUUAUCAAUGUUUCAUUCUUAUUUUGCUUCCUCGUUUCCUCUUCUCCAAGGUCAUUACAGGUGCCAUCCCAUCGUUUUUACACAGACCGAUCUCUGCUCUCUUUCUUUGCCGCUCCGAAGAAACUCUAGAGCCAGAUAAAAGCACUCUAUGACUAGAAGACCCUUUAUCUCUCGAAAUUAUCGACUCGAUAGUUCAGUUCGAUCCAAAUCAUAUGAACUUUCAAAGUCUUUCCCCACUCCCCUUUCUCCUCCAUCCCAAUAAUCUUCACCACUUAAGACUUGCCUCGUAUCGCCGAGUUGGUAGUGUGACGACCAACUAUGCUCCGUAUAUCACCAUAAUUGACAUAGUCGUCGUUGACAUUUAUGGUAAAUAAGAAACAUCAAUUUUUAUAAGAUGAUGCUUCGGCAGCCAAGGCGGCCUUGGACUCUCGGUGGAAAUCCGCUGGGAUUUGCCAACCAUGAGCCUUGCACGCCCUAACGAAUGCUUCUACAGCUUCCGCAACACCGUACUCCAAAAUCCUGUCCUUCCGAGCAUCCUGGCCAGGAACUAGUCUUGCAGGUUGAGGGUCUGUACUAGAAAUUGCCAUGCGAACCUGCAAUAAAACACUCUCGAUGCUAGACACGGCGGACCAACCAGAGUUUGUUAGGAGUUCCAUGCAAAGUGCGCCACCAGCGGUGACAUGGCCACCUCCACCCUGUUGAAAUCCCAAAAAUCGGGGGCGAAUAACACGAACAAAUGGUGGCGACAUCGGGUAUUGCUGGGGGAAGCGAACUUCUAAAACAAUAGACUUGAUUCCUGCUUUUGCCAUAUCCCGAGACAAGGGGAGAGAAGGGUCAAAGGAAUGUAGCUCCACAAUCCAUUGGUAGACAUUCUCGACUAAGUUUGGGUCAAUAUACCAGCCCAGAUCAGCCAGCGGCUCGUUGUCCUGAAUACGAAGCGCUCCUCGUAGGUCACGCUGGAGAGAUGCCGUUGCUGAGGGAGUUGCGUUGUCCGGUGCUGCUAUCAUAGGGAGAGACGCUGAAUCCAGGGUCCCGGGGAUAAAGUCUGUUUCAUUCUGGGCCUUGUUUUUGCCCUUGGUGCCACUCUCUUGAGGGAACUGCUGUAGAUUGUUGUCUUUAGCUUGUUUACUCCUAAUACUGUCGGCCUCUAUAUAGAUAUUGAGAUCAUCAACAUCUGUCUCGUCGCUGAGAUACCCGUCGGUUUCCACAUGAUUGGGUUUGCCUGAUAUAAAUAAACCAGCAGUCUGCUGGGAAGGGGUAUUAUUAGUGUAAUAACUUGGGGUUACUCCCGCGUGGCU